CAACUGCAUGUUCAAAACAUUGGAAACCAAAUGGUGUCUGUUCCGUGCCAUUUCGGUGCAGUUGCGUUCAUUCUAGGGACCGUUGCAGCAUGUUUUUGGACUCUGACGAUCUUCCAACAGUUCAUCGCCGAGCCCUCAGUUGUUGUGUCGUUGACUUCGUCUGCGAACAUAGCUAGUCUUGACGUCUUCCUCCCACCUAAUAGACAUGAUGAUACAUACCAAUUGGUCAAUGUAACGAUCAAUAACCAAAUUAUACCACUCGUCAUUGACACAUCGUCUGGAGACUGCAUUGUUGCUUCAGCAGAAUGUAACUCAACGGAUAUCGAAAGUGGAUGCUAUUCACUAGAGUCAGGCUUCGAGGCUAGGAAUGUUGCCGUUAUUGACCAUAACAAGAAAUUCGACACUUUCAUAGGCAGAGGACGCGUUAUUGGAAAUGUUAUGACAAAUCCAAUGACAAUCUUUGACACGGAAGUGAAGAACUUCUCUGCAGCUCUGAUUGAAGAAGCGUGGGUGAAUGAAUUUGAGAAUGGCUCUUUCGCUGGUUACCUUGCAUUGGGCAUGCAAACGACCUCAUCUAUAAUGAGGAAGUUUCAUUUGCUACCCUUUCUUGAUACUUUAAUCGCGCAGGGUCAUCUCGAGAAGCCAAUGUUCUCGCUCAGUGCCGCACGUUAUGGGGACCCAAGUCAGCCUUUCGGCCGACUCACUCUGGGGGGCAUUCCAGAAGAACAUACAAACUCCAAGAUCACCUAUGGAGAUGUUCUUCCUUUUGCAAGAUUUACAGACGAAUCCACCAGCCCUGAAAGGCUAGACCAUACAGGAUUCUUUGCGUGGUCUACAGAAUUGCAAGGCAUACGCAUCAACGGUGUUGAAAUACCCGUAACGCCAGGUCGAGUCCGGAGAGAUCAAAAGCACGUUUCCAUCAUUGAUUCUGGGGCGUCUACUCUCCGUCUCUCCCCAGCCACUUUUCAGGCUAUCAUUCCUUAUCUUCAUGGUCGGACUUCCGUUGAUAGCGAUUGGAAGGGAAACUUCGUUAUCUUUGAAUGUUCAAAGCCACAACUUUUGGAACUGAAGUUCUUGGACUCCUGGUUCCCAAUCGAUCCAUUAGAUCUACUGGAGGCAAAUACUCAAGUCAAUAUAAAUGGUACCGAGAUGUGA